AUGAUACACCUGCCUGAUGUUAGAAUUGGGUACACGUGCCCUGAUUACUGCGAUCUUGAUUUCGCGUAUGCAAAUAUUGGUGCAGUCCUGGCACCCAAACUCAUAAAAAUUUCUAACUUUUGCUACAUCUAUAUAAAUAUUAAGAUACCUUUAUCAGGUUUAUCCAAGAUGAAAAAUAAUAUAAAUCUAAGGCAAGCAACAGUUCCAGGUCAUAAUAGUAAAUGCUUAGAUGGCUGGUAUACUGAUAAGGUGUCUGGUUUUAAUCAAGGAGAAACAGAUACUGAAGAGAGAAGGUACUAUAACUCCUUUUCUAAAGAGAUGCAGCAUAUCUUACAGGAGAGGCACACCAAUUAUGUUAACAGGUUUAGAUGCCAGUCAGUUGGCAUCAUUCCUGGAAAGGCCCCAAAACUUUCUGUUGUCAUACCGGCCACACUGCAGAGGGCUCAGAAGAUAACUCGGGGCGUCAUGCGGCCUACAAUCGAUGGUGAUGUUGACAGGGAGGCUCCCAGUGACUCCCACAGCCACCCUUGCAAAGACUCUGCUCAAGAGGAUGACUCCGACACGGUUACCUCAGAUAACUCCCACGACGAGAAUUAUGUUGAGGCUACAGCAUUGGGAUCCACAGAUAUCGAGGGACAACCACGUCCAGCGAAACGUCGCAGGCGUGAAUAUACACGAAAUAAAUGCUCAGUUGUCCUCUUCCUUUCAACCUUUGCCAAACGAUUUUUCCUCCCAUUCAAUGUCCUGGCCCUCGUCGUAACAAAUAUCAGGUUCGGAAACUAA